AUGGAUGUUGACGAGCUUGAGCUAUUACAAGAAGAACGCGAGGAACAACCAAUCCGUUAUUUACCCAAAAUCGCAAAUGGCGGAAUUUCAGGAAUUGUUGGUGUAUCAUGCGUGUUUCCAAUGGAUCUCGUUAAAACUCGCCUUCAAAACCAAAAAGGCGAUCAGAAAUAUUCGGGAAUCAUCGACUGCUUUAAGAAAACUUGGAAUGCUGGCGGUCCGAGCACAUUCAAUAAAAUUCGUGGAUUUUAUCAAGGAGCCUCAGUCAAUGUAUUCUUAAUCACUCCUGAAAAAGCGAUCAAGCUGGUUGCUAACGACUCAUUUCGUCAUGCGCUGAUGAAAGAUCAAGCUGAGAGGCUAUCUGCGCCUCGCGGGAUGAUAGCCGGAGCAGCCGCCGGUUUUUGCCAAGUAAUCAUCACAACCCCAAUGGAAUUGCUCAAAAUCCGAAUGCAGCAAUCAUCAGAACAACAAAAAACAACAACCGUUAUUUGGAAUCUUCUAACCAAGGAAGGAGGUGUAUUUGCGUUAUAUAAAGGACUUCGGCCUACAUUGGCGCGUGAUGUCACGUUUUCGGCAAUUUAUUUCCCGUUGUUCGCCUAUUUAGACGGAUUGGGUCCAAGAAAAAAGGACGAUUCUGGUGACGCAGUUUUCUGGGCGAGCUUCGUUUCGGGAUUAUCUGCUGGAGCAACAGCGUCGCUCUGUGUAACGCCAUUGGAUGUCGUUAAAACGAGAGCCCAAGCUGGCCGGGCGAAUUACAAAGGAAUCACUCAUGCAAUUUUCGAAAUUCUCAAAGAAGAGGGAAUUUCGGCGUUAUUCAAGGGCGCUGUAUGCCGAAUGAUGGUGAUGGCUCCACUGUUCGGAAUCGCACAAACCGUCUACUACAUCGGAUUAGCCGAAAAAUUGUUGGGAUACGAGAAAAGUUCGCGUGUUUAA